AUGAAGUACAAUAUCUCUAGCAGCCUUGACCGAAAUGUCAUACCAUUAUCUGUUGGCAUUAUUCAAGCUAUAUUAUUAAUAAUUAUUUUCAUUAUUGGCCUUGUCGGUAAUAUUUUAGUCAUAGUCGUGAUCAAAAGGUACGAAAUUAGUAGUUCACCGAUAAAUAUACUCCUACUUAAUUUUGUAUCCUGCGAUAUCUUAUCAUUAUUUAUUUUAUAUCCAAUAACGAUCAUUGUCAAAUUUGGCUUACCAGUCUAUCCAUUUGAUAGUAGUUUCUGUAGUUUUGAAGGUUUCUUACGGCAGACUUGCAGCAUUGUUACUAUAUUAACAUUAACUGUAAUUAGUGUUGGACGUUAUGACGCUAUCGUACCACCGGUUCAUAAGCGUGAUCAUGUUAUAACCCAACUUCGAGCUAAAAUGUUUGUCGUAUGGACAUGGAUUAUUGCUUUUAUAUUCAGCUUUCCACCUAUAGUUGGCUGGAAUCAUUACAUAUAUGCAAGUGAAUUUUCUUACUGCCUACCUCAAUGCUUGCAUUCAGAUCGAAAUCAAUCCAAUCAAUCAACCAUUCAAUCUUCUCUCUUGUAUGGUUAUCUACUAUAUCCUCUCGUCUACAAUUUACCAUUACUUGUUAUGAUUCAUAACUAUUGUAAUAUAUUUCGUGCUAUACAAACUAAAACCGAUCGAUUACAGCAACGUCAAGGUUUUAUUAUACGCAAGCAGUCGAAAUUUCUCUUCGAACUACGAACAUGUAGGAUUAUGUUUACAAUAACUGCAUUUAUUAUGGUACUAAUGUAUCCAUACAUCUUGUCACGUCAAGCUUGUUUUAUUUCAGUUGGUGUUAAUGAUACCUUUGCAUCAGGUGAUGCCUAUAGCAUUAUUAUGUCAUUUCUGGGUGUUUUAACGAUGGCUGCACCAGCAGUGACACCUGCGAUUCUACCAUUAAUGCAUCGACGAUUUAAACGAGAAUUUUACGGUAUUUUAUGUAGUUGGACCCGUUCACAUAAAAUCCAGCCCUUAAUUUAUUAUGUUAAGGCUGAAACUGACGAACAUUUAAUACGUAGUAUCGAUGGCUAUAUAAAACGCAAUGAACAGAGAGAUAAUAAGCAUCGUAUACCGCAAGAUCUGCAAGAAAAGCCAGCUAAUGUGCAAGCAUGGUCGGGUUUUAGCUUUAGUGAUGUUGUAACUAGAGAUGUUCGACAACAUAACAUAGAAAAUCAUGGCUCUUAA